UUGACCCCCGUAUGGGGACUGUAAUUUGGGGGUGCUAUACCCGUUCCUGCACCGGAGAGCGUGCGGGGAACCGGCAUUUGGGUGCGGAGCUGGGCGAGGUGGACUUUGGUGGAAGAUGGACCAAAGGAUACCCGGUCCUGGAGCCAGGAGUGGCGCUGGCGCCCCGGAACCACGCCCCCGUUUCCACGCCCCUUGGAUUUCGUUUUAGACCUCUCCCAGUCCUCCGGGACUCAGUCUGGUUUACACUGGGUCGCGCUAGGGGCAGCGUGACUAGCCAGGGUGGAGAAAGGAUGCUUAACUCCUUAGGCUCUCAUUCUUCCCUCCCUGUCCCCUCCCUCCCUUUCUCUUUUGGGCAUUCAGUGACUUCCAUCCCUCAGGCCCCUACGACUCCCCAGCUUUCUCCUUCUGUCCCAUAACCCCUGCGGGUCCCUGGCCGGACUUCGGGUCCCUCCAGCAGCGAGCAGCAGAGGGUUAAGGGGGCGGGGCCGCUGCAUUUUUGGGGAGUGAGCGUAUCCUAGUGGCUGCCAAAAGGGGCGCCCGGCAGGGACCUCACUGAGCCCCAGAGCGGGGCAACAGGUGUUUUUGGAGAUUAGGAAUCCUAGUCUUGUUCCUUGGGUUCUUCUUAAAGAAGCAGAUCCGCGGUGGUGCGGUGUGGAGCGGGGUCUACCCAGAGGAAGAUCUGGAAGGGGUGGGGCGAAGUAGGAGGAGCGCCUGGAGAUGGCAGAAGGAAGACCCAGGCGCUUUUAACUCCCCUCCCUCCCCCACGUCCUUCUCUGCAUGUUUGUUUUCUCUGCUACCCCCGUCUUCUGUCUCUUCUCCCAGACAGAGGAAUCACUACCGCUGGGACCGCUGCUUGGUGACAUGGCCGUAAUCCAAGGGGACACGGCCCUAAUCACGCGGCCCUGGAGCCCGGCUCGUCGGCCUGAGAUUGAUGGAGUUCGCAAAGCCCUCCAGGAUUUGGGGCUCCGAAUUGUGGAGAUGGAGGAUGAGAAUGCGACUCUGGAUGGCACUGACGUUCUCUUCACCGGCCGGGAGUUUUUCGUAGGUCUCUCCAAGUGGACCAAUCAUCGAGGAGCUGAGAUCGUGGCAGACACGUUUCGGGACUUCGCCGUUUCCACUGUGCCGGUCUCGGGCCCCUCCCACCUGCGCGGCCUCUGCGGCAUGGGGGGACCCCGUACUGUGGUGGCUGGCAGCAGCGAAGCUGCCCAAAAAGCUGUCAGGGCAAUGGCAGUGCUGACAGAUCAUCCAUAUGCCUCUCUGACCCUCCCAGAUGACGCAGCUGCUGACUGUCUCUUUCUGCGUCCUGGGAUGCCUGGUGUGCCUCCUUUCCUCCUGCAUCGUGGAGGUGGGGACCUGCCCAACAGCCAGGAGGCACUGCAGAAGCUCUCUGAUGUCACCCUGGUACCUGUGUCCUGCUCAGAACUGGAGAAGGCUGGUGCUGGGCUCAGCUCCCUCUGCCUGGUGUUCAGCACACGCCCCCACAGCUAAAGGCCUGGCCUUGGGGUUUUGGCUAGCCAGGGGUAAGGCAGCACAAGGAGAGUAGAAGGGAAAGGAGGGUUAGACAGAGGAUGAUGAGUAGGUAAUAGUGAGGAGAGGGCCCCAGGAAGAGGGAGGGCAUAGUGGGGACAAAGGAUAGUGGCCACUGGGUGAGUCCUCUAGACUGUCAAAACCAAUAAAAUAGAAUUGGCCUUUUA